UCAGAAGAUUCCACAGGCCGCCAUGUUUGGUAGAAAAUUUUAGGUCGAAAUUUGACGAAGAAAAGAAAACUUGGCGACUGAUUGAGCGACUCUGGUCAUUCUAACCGUAUUUAUUCGUCUUCUUGGACAAAGAAAAGAUGGUUUAGGCAAUAUUUUUGGCAGAAUUUUAAUUCCACAUGUGAAGUUUAAGUCUCUUUUGUGAAUGUCGACGGUCGUGUUGAUUGCAUCGCGAUCUCGACCGAGGAUGCCCGUUCAGCAGAUUGUAGUCAACUCGACACAACCGCAGCAAAACAAUAACAAAGGCUCUAAGGACAAUGGAAAAACAAAGAGCAACGAUGAAAGCGAAAUUGGAGAAGAUGUGAUCGAACAACCAAAAGCAACCCAAAAACAAAGCAUUUCUUGUGUUUCUGUAGCAUCGUCAAGUACGGAAAUCUGUCGUAUCUGUCAYUGYGAAUCAGARCCAGAUCAGCCUUUGAUUUCCCCUUGCCAUUGCUCUGGUUCAUUACGCUAUGUUCACCAAAGUUGCCUUCAAAAGUGGAUAAAAAGUUCUGAUACAAAGAAGUGUGAAUUAUGCUAUUAUGAGUUUGUCAUGGAAGCUAAAAUGAAGCCAUUUAGAAAGUGGCAAGCUCUUCAAAUGAGUCAGGGAGAAAGACGCAAGAUAAUGUGCUCAGUCUCCUUUCACGUGAUUGCAAUUACAUGUGUAGUGUGGUCUCUAUGGGUUUUGAUCGAGCGCACGGCACAAGAAAUACAUCAGGGACAAUUAGAUUGGCCAUUUUGGACCAAACUUGUGGUCGUGGCCAUAGGCUUUACGGGGGGGUUAGUCUUCAUGUACGUACAAUGCAAGGUUUAUGUGCAGUUGUGGAAACGACUUCGAGCUUUUAACAGAAUAAUCCUUGUACAGAAUUCUGCUCCGGGGAUGGACACUGCAGAAUACAUUUGACCAAAGUAUUUUGUACAAAACGGAUUUAUGUAUAAAAAAAUGUAUUUAGCAAAGUGUGCAUGUUCGCCUGGAUUACCCUAAUUUUGUUCUAAGGACUUCUAGAGAGCGCUUAAAAAUGUGUAAAUCAUAAAUCACAACAAAUUAGGUUUUACAUGUUAUAUAUUUUAAGUAAAGAAAUAGCAAGCUGUCGCUGCAUUGUCCAGUGAAGUCCAGCUACAGUUCGAAUCAAUCUUGAAUGUGUUGAAGACAAGCGAAUUUAUCGUGAUUCAAGAGGUUCCUAAAGAGAGCUUCUGAACUCAUUACASCAAGACAAGUUUUACAUGCGAAAUAUUUUAGGGUCGUGACAAGGCAUAUAUUUUCACUCGUAUUCUCGUUUUGGAGCGACAAUUUUUGGUGCGUGAUCCCAAAUAUCAAAAUUUCAUCCCUAAUCCCCAAAAAUUGAGUGAUUCGUACAUGUUUUAGUCAUGACGACGUUUAAACAGCAGUUUUGAAUUCUAAUUUUGUUCAAGAGACGUCUAAAAACUGUGCUUUGUAAAAUUUCAUUUCAGCAAGAUUUACGUAACAAUAUUUUAAGCUAAGAUGUAUAGAGCUGUAGCCCGAGCUGUAGCCCGAGCUGUAGCCCGAGCUGUAGGAUUGGUCAGUGUGUGCUAUAGCAAAAAACAGUCUUGAAUGAGUUAACGACAAGCGAAUUUAGUUUUAGGAAAAUGUUAAUAGUUUGUACUGUACAUGACUUUGUAAAAAAUGGUGUUAAACAGAAUAAUAUCAACUACACAUAAUUACUAUAAUUGUCGUAUAAAAUAUCUGGUUGUUUUAAGCCAGUAGGUGAGAAAUAAUAUCAUAUAAAACACGCUACCAUAUUUAGUGCUUAAAAUUAUUUAAACUAGAAAAUAAACUCUUCAUGACCAAAA